AUGGGUGCGCGGUUAUCCCAGCUCGAAGACCGCUAUUUCCAGCUCGCGGCUACAUGGUCCCGACCCCAACUAGAGAAUCCACUUGAAGGCUCCAGACAGAGCAGCGAAGCUAGAGACGCUGCAGGACCCUCUCCACCGGUAUCUCGGACCCCUGGGCAGGCGAUGGUUGUAGGAGGCGACCAUUCACUCCCUCAAAACCUUUGGCUGGAAUUGGAAGCGGUUCCGCAACAGGGCGAACAGCAAGCAUCACUGGAUUCUGGAUGUAUAUUAUCCAAAGCCACUGGACAAUACAGCCUAGAGUUACAACCUGUGACUGGAUCGCAGAUGGACCCGAGCUCAGGGCAUGACUUCAGAUCCGCUUCAACAGAGAUAGCGGAUACCAGUGGCUCCAGUCUCCCGCUCCAUGCCAGCCUCCUGGAGCCCGACUUCACUAUAUUCCAAAAAGAUCAGCCAUCAGGAGACGGCAAGUCUACAGAAGUCAUUCAUGGUGCCAGAUAUCGAUCAGCAUUCACCAUCUUCUUUUCUCAGCUCAAUCCUCUUCAUGGAAUAAUCAACGAGAAUGACUUUUAUCAACGGUUCAACCGACUCGUCUUUGACGAAGGAGCUAGUCGACAUCAUCACGAGGACGACCUGUUUCGCGCGCUGGUCUAUAUGAUUAGAGCCGUGGUGGACCUCAGCCAAUCGUUCAAUCCGGAGAUUGCGCCUGUCCCUGGCUGGACCUACAUCUGCAAGGCAGAGAAGCUGAUACAAGAUCUCCCAAGAUCUAAAAGGCUAAACCUGACGAUGAUCCAGUGCCUCUCCCUCAAGGCAAUCUACUUUACCAAUCUAGCCCAAUACGAUCAAGUCCGGGACACAGUUGGAGCACUUGUCCGCCUCUGCUUUCAAUGCGGGCUUCAUCAUCAGUCAGCUGGCAGUGGCGGUGCAUACACCGCCUUUGACACUGUAAUGCGACAGAGAGCAUUUUGCUGCGUAUUAAAUCUCGAUCGCAGCAUUGCUCUGACAUGCAGGUUGCCGUGUCUUCUACGCAAAGAGGACUACGUCUUUGUGCCACCUGAGCUGUUUGAUGACAGAUGUGUGUUUCCAAACAGAACGAGUUCCGCUCGGAGCCCGGAGACCUCUUUUAUACCCUUUCUAGUCUCCAUGCAAACACUGAUGGACAUUUUCACGUCGGUAUGGGAGCAGAUCCAUGGCAUCAAGGCGCGAAAGAUAACCACGACGGAAGAAUUGGCUGCUUUCGACCACCAGAUUAUGUCUCUGCGCGAGCCGUUGCCGGUGCCUCUACAACGCACAAGUCUCAUGGUACCGAAUCACGAAUACACCGAGCCUUUUCACCUACCUCAGAGAAUCCUCUUUCACACUCGACUCAAUCAGCUCAGGUUAUUGAUCAGACACGAUACCUCUCUCAACUUUCCUCCGCCGUCGAGUGUCCUGGAAGAAAUCAUCGACAUUGCGUCCGACACAGUGCAUAUGAUUGUGCCAUUUAUCGAGAUUCCGUACCACAAGGCUCACAGAUAUCUAUCCAUGUGCUGUAUCGUCAACGUAGCCCUGUCACUCCGAAGCAUUCUCAAAAGGUCGGACUUGUCCUCGACAAUUCUGAGUAGAACGCGGGCUGUAUUCGCCACAGCGAUUGUUUCACUAGAAGAGUUGUCGAAGAACUACCCUCCAGCGAAGCGAAGGGUAGAGCGCUUGAGAAGCCUUGUCUACACUACAGGCUUAUCGAUGAACCCCGGGCCCCUAGACCCAGAGCUACUGUCGAUCACCCAAACGACCAACAUGGAUAGACCUGGUAGCCUGGAGCUGGCAAUCCAAAGACAAGAUCAGCCGGGCGGGCGAGUUAUGGAGGACCAUCACGAAUACCAGACCCGAUAUCAACCGGAAUUGUCCAUGAGUCAGACGCUGGCACCUGCAGCCGACUUAGAGCCGAUCAUAUUUGACUUUACAUCGGCUUGCGAUCCGGAUUGGAUAUUUACAUCUUUUUAG